AUGGGAAAGAAGGCUGUAAAAUCAACAAGGAAGUUCGCCGCCAGCGGGCAGCUCAAGAAGGUCAUCCAGGCGCGCCGCAAGUUCCGCGACAUCAAGAAAAAGAACGAGAAGAGGAAAGGCGGCAAAGGCGCGGGCAAAGAGGCUCGCAAUGAUGAGGAGGGGGAAGACGAGGGGGAUGAGGAAGUCGGGGAGACUUCCGGAAAUAUCAGGUUCAAGGGGAUGUCCGUGGAUGACUUCCUCGGAGGCGGGUUCAUGCAGGGAGGGAGUGACGACGAGGGGUCCGAGAGCGGAGAGGGUGCCAUGUCCGAGGACGAGGGUGAAGAUGAGGAGGGCUCAGACUUUGGCGACGACAACGAGUCCUUCGCAGACGUGGAUGAACUUGAUGAUGAGGGCGAGGCCCAUCUCAUGGAACUGUCGAAGCUUGCGGAGAAGGACCCGGAGUUCUUCAAGUAUCUCCAAGAAAAUGACCGCGAGUUGCUGGAAUUCAAUACGAAUGCUGGGCAGGCCGGCGAUGAUGAUGAAGACGAAGAAGAGGUUAUGGAGGACGUCACGCCCGUGUUGACCAAGGAGAUUCUGCAGCGAUGGCAGAAGGCCCUGUUGGACCAUCGGUCAUUGAAGGCCCUGAGGAAGAUGUUGAUCGCUUUCCGGUCCGCGGUUCACAUGAACGACGAGGACCAAGUGGUCGCAUGGAGGAUAGACCGCUCGUCAGUGUACAAUAAGUUGGUUACGACCGCACUCAAGUACACUCCAGUUAUCCUUGAGCACCACUGUCCAUACCGUUCACUACCAAACGGCAAAUUCAAAUCCCCAACACAAAACAACAAAUGGAAGACGCUGCAGAAACUCAUACUGUCAUACUUCCACAACGUGUUGCAGUUCAUGGACCAGAUCUCGGACAACGACAUGCUGCGCCUCGCGUUCGCCGAGACAGCGAAACUCGUGCCCUACGUGACGAGCAAUCGCAAGACCGUCAAGGUCUACCUCAAGACGUGUUUGAGCUACUGGUCAAGUGCAGAGGACAGCGUCCGGAUUGCCGCCUUCCUCUCUGUGCGCCGACUCGCGGGCGCAACGGACGAGUCCGUCUUAGACAUGGUUCUGAAGAACACAUAUCUCACCUUGGUGCGCUCGUGCAAGUCGACGAGCGCGCACACGCUUCCCGCUAUCAACCUCAUGAAGAACUCGGCGAGCGAGUUGUUCUGCACGGACCACGCUGCAUCGUAUCAGCAUGCAUUCGGGUACAUCAGGCAGCUGGCCAUUCAUCUGCGGAACAGCAUGAAAACGAAGACCAAGGAGGCAUAUAAGCAAGUGUACAACUGGCAGUAUGUGCACUGCGUCGACUUCUGGGCAUUGGUCAUUGCGCGGGCAUGUGACAAGCAGACGCUCAUUGAACGCGGGGGACAAGAGAGUGAGCUGAGAGCACUCAUCUACCCACUCGUCCAGGUCGCACUCGGGUCAGCAAAACUUAUUAGCAACGCCCGCUCGUUCCCCUUCCACCUGCACAUUGUGCGGUCACUUCUGCACCUCACGCGCCAUACGCACGUUUACGUCCCGCUCGCACCGUACCUCCUCCCCGUCCUUACGUCCACCCUCUCCGCAUCAUCAAAACCGAAACCCUCCACGCUUCGUCCGCUCGACUUCGAGACCAACAUCCGCGCGCCCCAACAGUAUCUCAAGACGCGCGUGUACAACGAGGGCCUCGCAGAAGAGAGCGCGUUCCUGCUCGCGGAGUACCUCGCGAGUCCCCCCGUGCAGGGCAGCAUCGGCUUCCCCGAGGUCGUUGUGCCCAUCACGCUGCUCCUGCGAAAGGCGAUCAAGAGCGCAAAGGGCGCACAGGGCAAGCUCGCGAAGGCGAAGGAGACCGGCGUUGUGAAAGUGCUCGUAGACCGGAUCGACGAGAGCGCACAGUGGGUCGAGCAGAAGCGCAAGAGCGUGCUGUUCGCGCCGGGCAAGACGGGCGAGGUCGAGCGGUGGGAGGACGACCUGAAGGUCGAGGACUCGCCGCUCGCGCGGUACGUGAAGGUGCAGCGCAAAGCGCGCGAGAAGCGGCGCAAGCUCGUCGAGAAGGCGAGAGAGGGCGAGGAGGAGAUGCUCGAGGACUAA